AUGAUUCUUAUUGCAACAAAGAUCAUUGUUGGCGUUCAUAUCUUGAUAUAUUUUGGUACAAGUCUGGUCGUUUGUAAUAAUGAUAUUCCGUUUUGUCGCAAGCGGCUGAAAAAACUCAGAGAAGACGAGAAAGACUGGAGUAAAAGAUGCUUGAAUGUUGAAGGUGAAAAUCUUGCUACACCGCUUUGUGAAGCAGAGAAAGAAUACAAUCACGAGAGGACGUGUUUGUACACAAAGAUAUGCUUUUAUAAAGGUAAUAUUAAACUGUAGUUUAAGCUACUUUACGAAUGAAGUACACUGGGCCUGAAUGUUUUUGUCACUGAUGCAUCAAAAUAAAGAAUAAUGCAUAAUUCCAGGAAAGAACCUAUAUUUUCGGUUGUGGAAGACAUUUCUUUAAUUAAGGUGGCUCCAUGGAAAUAGUUUGAAUCUUAGCAGAAAAUAAUCUGGAAAUCCAAUUUUCAUAAGUCUAAUUGCAAUUUCCAUACUGUGGAUAUAUUAUGGAAAUAGUACAUGGAUAUAUUUUGGAUUUAGUAAUGCAAUCGCAAAUUUCAUAGUAUAGAUUUCACUAUUUUUUCCAGUGGUGGCGAUUUGCUGACGCCACUCACGUCAUUGUAUGUGUUUCAGCAUAACGCCAUUGUAUGUGUUUCAGCAUAACGCAUUGCAUGUCAAUUGCUAACGUCAUUAAAAAUGCCAAAAACAGUGCGCUAUAUAAUCUCAUUGUUUCGUACGGUCACCUAUGUUGAAACAUUUUUAUCGAAGAAAACGUUAUUUUUGCGAGUUUAGCAUUACAGAAUUUUUUAAUAUCUUACCCAUACUGUUAUAGUCUAUGCAUGGUAUAUAAAUAAAAUAGUGUACGGAAAAAAGAUUGGGGUCAUCGUGUUUCAUGUCCAACUAUAUUCGAAGCAAUUAGCCCUUAGAGUGAAAUUGGUAAGCAUGGUUGCCAUAGUAACGAACUAUGUGUUACCAAAACUGACAUAAAUUGAACGAAGAAACAUCCUGAUAUUUAGUGAUAUCUGCCUAAAAAUACGAUCUUCUCCUUGAUACGAUCUUCUCGAAAUACGAUCUUCUCGAAAUUCUCCUUGUAUUUUUGAGGUAGUUGUAUCCCUAUCAACGAAAGCUUUGAAACUAUUAUACAUCUGAAAAAACUCAGGUGUAUGAUAGCGCAAAAAAGCGCAUCAUGCAAACUGACUAUAAAAUAAUUCCAGUAAAGUCCAAAUUCAAGAGAAUAUUUUGCUUUCAUAUUAAAUUCCUUUUAAAGCAUAUGGAAAUCAAUAUAAGGUCUGCUCAUACAAUCAUCUUCUUUCUUUUAAAAAUUGAUUGUAGUUUUUAUAAAUUCAGAAAUUGCAACAGGUGCUUCUAUAUAAUUUUUCAUGAGAAAAUAAAAAUGUCAGGGGAUGAAUUUCAUUUCUUUAAAAUUGUUCCCCAAAGAUUUCUGAAAUUGAUUCCUUGCGUUUCCAAAUUUCAUUUCAACACCUUAAAAGGUUUCCAAAUGUACUGAUCUGUAACAUGACAUACAUUCACUCUUAAACAAAAUAACCUUUUAUACAAAAAAGCAAAAUAAAAUGAAAACAAAAAAGCAAAAUAAAAUGUGAACAACAGUUCAAUGCAACUCUAUACAAAUAGUCUGUACUGAUGUGUCGCUCUUUCUGCAGGACCCUCUGCUGAACCUUACUUGCUGAUCAAAUCAAAGUCUGAAAUCCACGCCAUUGAUUUGACAACCCUGAACACAACUGUCGUCAUCGGUGGCCUUGCACGUGGGAGGAUGGAAAUUGACACCGUGGAGAACAACUUAUAUAUCGCAGACAAUAACAGCAUAUCAAGAAUAAACUUGGUUGACAUGUGCGUACAAGUCAUUUUACAAAAUGUAAGUGCUGAUGACAUGGCAGUUGACUGGACUCAACGUCGUCUGUACUGGGCUGAAUAUUCAAAAAAGAAGAUUUUCUUAGCGAAUUUGGAUGGAAAAAAUAAAACUGUGCUAAUAAACACAACGAGUUACCCGUCCGGUAUAGCGAUGGAUGCAACAUGGAGGUAAGUUUAUUGAUUUGAAGAAUUUCUUUAUGAUGUGCUAUAUAUUUGAUGACGAAUUAUUGCGAAUCGUGGCCAAGGACCGUGUAAAUGAGCAGGAGGGGGGCAAUGUGGGUCGGAGACCCCACUUUUUUGAAAUGAGAAAAAUUUGGCCUUUUUUGAAAAGUUUAGAUGAAUAUGUUAGACAAAGAUUGCUAGUUAUUUGGAAGCGUAAGAUCGGUCAUAAAAGUUAAGGUGCAAAAAUGCGACCCCAGACAAUUCGAAAUUUUUAAUUUAUGUUGACUUUAACAUGCUCCCCUCGUUUAUUUUUUUUGUUUUUCAUUACUUUUUGUCUGAAAUACGGGUUCAUUGAGGAGAAAUUUUAGGACGAAAUCCGAGGCUCAGAAUGCAGAAAAUGGCAUUUCCGAGGCUUAAAAUCCAAACUUUUCCCGGGGGAGCGUAUCCCCGAGCCCCGUAGUUGUGCGAGGUCCAGUAGCCACGGUAAAAUUUCAAAAUAGAUCCGCCCUGGAGAGCCCCUUUUAGUUAGAGCCCCCCGCCCCCCUCCGCCCCUCUUCACCUUUCAGAUGCUUCCGGGACCUCAACCUCGUUCCCAGGCUCUUUCUUCUUGAGAAAGAAAUAAUCAUGGCAUUGCGGCUGAGUCAGACCAUAGACAACCGAAAAGACAGGGAUGGCAGAUCAGCUUAACGCUUUAAUUAGCCUGUGUUUCCAGUCCCUGUCUUCUGGAUUGUGUGACACAGAGAUUAUGCUAAGCCGAUCAAAUCUUUUAAUCUUUUAAACAAUGAAUACACACUCUUCGUAUAGAGUUCUGUAAUAGGUUCUUUGUAGUUUUUCGUGGCGAUACUACAAUACAAGUUUUGGUAUUUCUCCUCAUCUACAGUAUUGUGCUUUCAUACUAUGCUUUCUAAUCUUUUUAUAUUGGAAAGAAGUACUUCAGUGCAUUUUCCCUUUCAAAGGCUGUAGCGAGGCAGACAAUUUGUUUUUACUGAUGGAGACAAUUACAAAAUAGAACGUAUAGUUAUGGACCAGUAUAUGAGUUUGUAAAUUGGCGAUAAUGCACAACGGUCGACAUGGUAACGCUGCACGAAGAAUCCCAAUUCGGGACGAACCGGCCGAAAAUGACCACACCCAAAAACGACGCUUUCGCCAUAGUGCUAUCUACCAAACCAUUAAACCUUUGGCUAUUCUGAGGUGCUUAUAUGGUUCAGAGAUGGUGCUGUUAGGGGUGGUCAUUGGUAAGUGCGGAAUGUCUAACACUGAUGUUUCACAAGAAAAUAACUAUGCAGUACUCAGUACUCUUAAUUCAACGUCAAUUUGUGGCUUACAACUUCAGAUAAACAGCAGUGGAGCUGCAUUACCUUUUUUCCUAAAUUGUUUUGAAACAUAAUUGGUACUUACCUAUAAGUAUAUUAUCACUGUUUUGGUGUAAAUAUUCUUGUGCGUUUGGCGUUCAUGCAAUGGUCGCGAGAAAGUGUCGAGGCCUUUUUGCAGAUUGCACGUGAUGUAGGCCCAACAGUUUACUCGCAAAUGAAGAGAGAAGAUAGGAGACAAAUUCACUAUGAUCCUUUUACUUUCCGUUCCCUUUACCGAGUGAAUUAACCAAGCAUUUUGAAAGUGGGUCUGUUAGUGAGAGUUGUAUAGACUAUUAUUCCUGGUUAGAACAUGCGCCCAAUCUAAUAACCUUAUUAUAACCCAAAGCUAAAGAGAGUUAACUUUCCUUUCUGUAAAUAUAAUUGCAUUAUAUACAGGGACACUUCAAGUUACUUCAGGCUCAGUUAAUUAUGCGCCAUGUACUUUAGAUCUGUAAAAACAAAUUAUUAUGAGACUAACCUCCGGUUGACGAAUUGACGUUAAUUAGUUAUGUGUGAUAUAUAGAAAUUAUCCUAUUGUUGUUCCUUUUUUUGUUUACGCACUCUUGUUUUUUCUUCUGUUCAGCAUACAUUCAGUAGAGCUCAUGCAGGCAUUCAAAUUAUAAUAAUAGCACAAUUUCUAUAUAUAGUGUCACUUCUUUUUCACGAUUAGAAUAUAUCAGUUUACUCACUAAACGAAAAUUCAGAAUGUGCUGUCUCGACCAACCAGCAAGCCCGUUUUUAAGAGUUUCGACACAUAAGUACGCUUGUUUUGGAACGUCAUGUGAUGAUCGUAUACGUACGUCUGGCUGACGAAAAUUCAUAAUUUGCCUUCUUGACCAAUAAGCAAGCGAGCUUAUGCGCAACGUCGUACCCAGGGCCUUUGCGCGGUCCAGAGGCUCUGGUAGUCUCUGAACCGCGCAAAGGCCCUGGGUACGAGGUUGGCGAGCUUAUGAAAGUUUAAAGGCCCGGUCACACUACACAAUGAUAACGAUAAGAUAAAUUGUAAACACGCGAUAAUUGGCAAAAAGAAUUGUGUUAGUGUCCACAACUACGGUUGAGAAUGGAUUGAGUGCUUUCAGCCAACUGUAGUUUUGACAAUUGUUUCGUUCAGUAACGAGGCUUUACGUUCGUUUACGUGCUUCGGUGCAUGUUAACUAAUAACGCUACCAUAGCUCAACUAAAAAAAACGAAUAUGACAAUUAAAUUUGUCUCUAGCCUGCGUAGCAGGCGUUCAGUGCGGGCGGGAGAAGAGAGGGCGUCUCUCCCGCCCGCACUAAACGCCUGCUACGCAGGCUAACUUGUCUCACCCAAUACAAACUAACGUUGAGUUGAACGAAUGUGAAUGGUGCAGUCGUUCAAUAAUGAGGCUAUUCGUUCGUUUUCGUGCUUCGGUGCAGGUUAACUAUUACAAAUUAAUACCAUGAUAUGCCGGGAAAUUAGUGACUAAAUGUCCCUCACCCUCGGGAAGUUCCACAAGCCUCCCUCGGCGUUCGGGGACAUUUAGUCACUAAUUUCCCUCAUAUCAUUGUAUUACUUCUUAUUUGUACCAAUUAUGUUUCUAUCAAAAAUGUUUACGAAAAAAGGUAAUGUAGGUUCACUGCUGUUUAUCUGAAGUUGUAAGCCACAAAUUGACGUUUGAUUAUGGGUAUAUACUAUAUUGCAUGGUCAUUUUCUUGUAGAAUAUCAGUACUAGGCAUUUCACACUUACCAAUGACCACCCCUAAAAGUACCAUCUCUGAAUCAUAUAAGCACCUCAGAAUCGCCAAAGCUUUCAUGGUUUGGUAGAUAGCACUAUGGCGAAAGCGUGGUUUUUGGGUGUGGUCAGUUUCGGACGGUUCGUCCCGGAUUGGGAUUUGGGCAGCGUUAAUCAAACUUCGCGCAGUGUAAUGUAUUGAAAGUUUAACAGUUCAGUUUUGAAAGAUCAUUCAGUAGCAAGGCCUUCGAAAAUGAACGCGCAGAAAAGCGGUCUUGCGCAUGAGUUUUGCACGCUCUGAGUCAGAUUCCAGCCAUCUGAUUGGCUAUCUCGAUUUUCUGCGCGAUCUGUGGGGAGUUCAGCGAUCAGGGGCUCGAAUACAGGCUAUCCGAUUGGCUAAUUUUUUGAUCGUUCAUACCGUUCAGACUUCAUUAGUGCACGGAAAGGUCUAUGACGUUUCUGGCCCUUUCUGAUCGCUACUUUGUGCUUGACCGCAAAUUAUUAAAGUUCAAUGGGAAGAUUUACUAUCAGAAAUUUUGAACUAAUACUAGCCAUGCCUGUUAGUAUUUACAAACCGUAAAGGCUGCUUUUGAGAAUGACGAUCGACAAAAUGUCAAAGAUAUUGAAGCUGAUUUAAACAAGCGAGUAUUAAACAGUGUACCGAAGCUUUCUAUUAAAGAUUUAUUGAGCGUUGUGAAUAACAUAAGCAGCCUUCCUCGCACGAAAUUUUGGUGCGGAAUCUUACAUCCUGAAGUACGUUCGAGAGAAGACAAAACUUUUUUUGUACGGCCUUAAGAUAGAUAGAUAUAUAUAUAUAUAUAUAUAUAUAUAUAUAUAUAUAUAUUCUAUUUUAACUAGAUAUAGCAUUAUAACUGUUGUAUACUGUGGUGGUCUGGUGGAUUGUGCGUCUGUACCUAAACAAAAAGCUUACAACAAACCUAAGGAGAAGGAGUUGUACCCGUCUUUUAAUAUUAUCGUCCUUUGUUGUUCCAUAGGUAUUUGUUUUGGACCGAGCCUAUUGCAAAGUUAGUAAGGGAAAUAAGUUUGGCUCCCAACUACAGUGACAUAGUAAUGUUGUUAAACCGGACGUUCUCUGAACCUUACGCUAUUACUGUUGACUGCACCAAGAACCGAGUUUACUGGAUGGAGAACGAGAUUCAAUCCGGCGUUGACCAUAUUGUUUCAAGUGAUUCCGAUGGCUCGGACCAGAAAACUAUUAAGAGUGGAUCAUUCAAUGAUCAUUUACUGGUGGUGUUUGGAGAUUCACUGUACUUCAUGAACAAUGAUCUAUUCUAUGUAAAUGAAAUGAAUAUAUCAAACGGAAAUAUAUCUCGCAAUAUUCUGGUGGACAACAAUUCAUAUUAUGAUGACCUGGUCGUUGUACAUCGCUCUAUACAGCCCCAAGAGCAAAUGGGUGAGUUAUAA